CGUUAGUGAACUCUCUCUCUCUCUCUCUUAAAGUGUUAGUGAACACUCUCUCUCUCUCUCUCUCUCUCUCUUUCUCUCUCUCUCUCUCUCUAGAGUUCACUCCAAUGGAGAUCACAGUCCUUGCAGCAAUGUACAUCUUCGCGGUGUCCUAUGCCAUGCUCAGCCUCGUCCGUGGCGUCCUCCGCCGCCGCAGCCAGUGCUGCUACAUGCUUGGGUACGAGUGCUACAAGGCCCCAGAGGACACGAAGCUCAGCACGGACGAGUGCGCCCGCAUCAUCCUCCGCAACAAGAACCUCGACCUUGAGGACUACCGGUUCUUGCUCAAGACGAUGGCCCGGUCUGGGAUCGGUGAGGACACCUAUGGGCCGAGGCUUGUGCUUGAGGGUCACGAGGAGACCCCGACCCUGUCCGAGGCCCACCGUGAGCUCGACGAGGUGUUCCAGCAGACGGUCAGCAAGGUGCUCGCCAGCACUGGGGUGGCGCCAUCCGAGAUCGAUAUCCUCAUCGUCAAUGUGUCGCUGUUCUCGCCGGCACCGUCCCUUACGUCAAGGAUCGUGAACCACUUCAAGCUCAGGGACAACAUCAAGACCUUCAAUCUAGCAGGCAUGGGCUGUAGCGCGAGCCUAGUCGCGAUCCACCUGGUCCAAGAGCUCUUCAAAACCAAGGACAACGCGCUCGCCCUCGUCGUCAGCACCGAGAGCAUGGGCUCCCACUGGUAUUGCGGCAAGGAGAAGUCCAUGAUCAUAUCCAACUGCCUCUUCCGCAUGGGCGGCUGUGCCGUCCUCCUCACCAACGACAGGAACCGGGCCAAGGACGGGGCCAUCAUGAAGCUCAGCCACUCCGUCCGCAUCCACCAUGGUUCGCACGACGAGUCCUACAGCUGCUGCAUUCAAGAGGAGGACGGGCAGGGCCACCAGGGGUUCCGCCUCACAAAAUACCUUGUCAAGGCCGCUGGGCAGGCCCUUGAGGCAAACCUCCGGAUCCUGCUGCCACAGGUCCUCCCUGUCCGUGAGCUUGUCCGUUACAAGCUAGCCAACGCCCUUGCGAACAACCCGUUGGCCAAGAGAAAGAAUCGGAAGGUCCGUGGCGGCCCAAGCCUCAACUUGAACCUCAGGUCUGGGAUCGACCACUUCUGUGUCCACCCAGGAGGAAAGGCGGUGAUCGACACCGUCGGGAAGGGGUUGAAUUUGAGCGACUACGACCUUGAGCCGUCGAGGAUGGCGCUGCACCGGUUCGGGAACACGUCAGCGGGUGGGAAUUGGUACGUGCUGGCUUAUAUGGAGGCGAAGAAGCGGCUGAAGAGAGGGGACAAGGUGCUGAUGAUAAGCCUCGGGGCCGGGUUCAAAAGCAACACGUGCGUGUGGGAGGUGAUGAGGGACCUUGAAAGACCGAACGUGUGGGAGGACAGCCUCAAGAAUUACCCGAGGGUCAGCGCCGACACCUCAUUCAUGGACAAGUUCGGGUGGAUCUAUGAUGAGUUCCUCAACUUCGUCCGGUUCGACGAAGUCCGGAGGAUGGUGCGUUGAUCGGGCGGUGUGUGCGCAUUUGCCAUCAUAUGAACAAUCGAAGGUGGAUGGAAAUAAAAUAAAUUGCCAUUUCCCUAUCGUUGGAGUGAUAUGCCAUGGGACUUCUUCUGUUGAAUGAUCAAACAUGGUCUUUGACUAUAGGGUAUGCGAUGUUUAUGUUUGCUUCUUCUGCUCUGAUUGGAUCAGUUGGAUAUGGUUUCCCUUUCAUCCCGUUAAUCAGUAGUUGGGUUUCCAUCACUCACUUCAGCGACGGACAUGGAGGUCCCGCAUAACAGAGGUUUUUAGAUAAGAAAAUGGACUAGUUAUGACUUUUUGCUAAGCUUGGAUGUUACAUCUUACCAAUCAAAGGACGUGACCGGACAAGACCUUUAAGUUCUGUAAGCCCUGGAAAAUUAUCUUGGUCAACCCCAGUUCGGUUUACGACUGAAAAAUUAUCUUGUAUGUCGCGCAUGUCUUUAACUUGGUCAAAGCGGCAACAGGUAGCAGCAUUAAUAUUGUUGCGUUGACUGGGGCCAUAUCUUGAAACAAUCAUGUAUAUGACUCCCAAUUAACUUUAA